CGAAGGUCGUAUAUGCUCAUUCUUUAUAAAUAAACCCAUCGAUUCGGCUCUAUCUCUGAAAUACUGACUCCAGCCGAACGAAAGGGUAAGGCUCUAUAGUUCAUCACCAUGAACUUCUUUGUGGAGACAUUAUGGGUGUUGUUGCUGAGUACCUGGUACAGCUUGGAGGCAUUUUUUCUUCUGUUUGUGCCAACGAGGAGAAAGAGUGUGGCCGGAGAAACGGUUUUGUUGACAGGGGCAGGCAGCGGGAUCGGACGUUUAAUGGCUCUGGAGUUCGCGCGACUCGGCGCGCGGAUAGUGUUGUGGGACAUCAAUGAAGAGGGAAACAAAGAAACUGCGAGAAUGAUCAAAGAGACGCACGGAAUACGUGCACACACCUACACCUGCGACUGCAGUAGCCGAGAGGAAAUCUACAGAGUUGCAGACAAGGUCAAACGUGAGGUUGGUGAUGUCACUAUCCUGAUAAACAAUGCAGGAAUCGUCACAGGGAAAAAGUUCUUGGACUCUCCCGACGCUCUCAUAGAGAAAUCGAUGGAAGUCAACAGCUUGGCACACUUCUGGACAUAUAAAGCGUUUCUACCAGCGAUGAUGGCUGGUAAUCACGGUCACCUGGUCAGCAUUGCAAGCUCAGCUGGACUUAUUGGAGUAAAUGGACUAGCAGAUUAUUGUGCAAGUAAGUUUGCAGCUGUGGGUUUUGCUGAGUCUAUGGCUUUGGAGCUCCUGGCUAACGGUUGCGAUGGAGUGAAAACCACCAUUGUCUGUCCCUUCUUCAUUAAUACCGGAAUGUUCGAUGGAGCCAACACUAAAUUUCCAAGCAUCCUGCCUAUUUUGAAGCCGGACUACGCGUGCAGGAAGAUCGUGGACGCUGUUCUCAGGGAUCAGGUGUACCUGAGUAUGCCACGCAGUGUUUACCUCAUCAUCGCCCUCAAGCACACUUUACCCACUAAACUAGGCGUGCUGCUCGGUGAGUACUUGGGGGCGUUUAACUUCAUGGCUCAGUUCAAAGGUCACGGCAAAAAGACCGACUAACUGAAGACUGAAGAAGACGGAACCGCGUACGAGUGAAGGCCCGAUUUAAACAGCAGAAGUGGUACAAUACUGAAGGAACUGCCUUAUGGACUGACAUUAAUACCAUUUCUGAGAGAAAGGAAGGAAAAAUAAGAAGUUAAUGGAAAAAAAAAAAUGCUUUUUUGUUCAAAGUUUACAGUCAGUGACUCUGAGUCACUUCUUCCUGUUCUCAAUGUUUAUUGCUCAACUAACUCAAAGGGCAAUAUGAGUAGUGAAGGCUAAACACACAAACAGAAGGAGAUGUAUGGUAUUUUAAUGUGAUUUUAAUGAUCUAACUGGUCUUUAGUCGUUUUCUUAUACGUGUAUUAAGCUCAUGUACUUUUCAAAAACUGAUUUUUUUCCCCCUGCCUCUCUAUUAGGACUAAUGGGAGUUGUAAGUUCUACUCUCAUUUCACAUGCUAAUAUCACUGUGACCAUUAGAAUACAAUUUAACAUGGCAGGAAAAUGUAUGUUGGAAUUUCUGGUGUUUAAUUUUUUAAAGCUGUUUUAAAGCUGAUGCCUUAGAAUUAAGAACUAAUUCCGUUUCUUUUUUAAUGAAUGAAGGAAAACCUCGUUUAAGGAUGCAUGAAUGCGUAUUUUAAUUGUAACCUCAAGGGCACUUAUGAAUGUUUAUAAAUAAGCUUCUACAAAAUGUUAUUUUUUCUUUGUUAUGUCUAAUGCACACAACUGAUAUUUUUGUGUUAUGUAACUCAAUAUUAACGGUGAACCCACAUUAAUUAAAAGUGCUUGUUUGUGUA